CGGGUCGCGCUCGCACCAAGAUGGCGGCGCCUCUGGAGGAGUACGAGAAAGAAGCGGGCUGCGUCCCUAUCCUGCACCCGGAGGAAAUCAAGCCACAAACCCACUAUAAUCAUGGAUACAGUGAAUCACUUGGGCGCAAAAGCCACAUUGAUGAUUAUAGCACAUGGGAUAUUGUCAAAGCUACACAGUAUGGCAUUUAUGAACGUUGUCGAGAAUUAGUGGAAGCAGGGUAUGAUGUACGGCAACCAGAUAAAGAAAAUGUUACACUUCUCCAUUGGGCAGCAAUCAACAAUAGAUUAGACUUAGUGAAGUUCUACAUAUCAAAAGGUGCUAUUGUUGACCAGCUAGGAGGUGACCUGAACUCCACGCCACUUCACUGGGCAACAAGACAGGGUCAUUUAUCGAUGGUUGUACAGCUAAUGAAAUAUGGGGCAGAUCCAUCGUUAAUUGAUGGGGAAGGAUGCAGUUGUAUUCACUUAGCAGCACAGUUUGGACAUACUUCGAUUGUUGCAUAUCUAAUAGCCAAGGGGCAGGAUGUAGAUAUGAUGGAUCAAAAUGGGAUGACUCCAUUAAUGUGGGCAGCUUACAGAACACACAGUGUGGAUCCCACUCGGUUGCUUCUUACGUUUAAUGUUUCUGUGAAUCUGGGAGACAAAUAUCAUAAAAACACAGCACUACAUUGGGCGGUACUAGCAGGAAAUACCACAGUGAUUAGUCUCCUUUUAGAAGCAGGAGCUAAUGUUGAUGCCCAGAAUAUCAAGGGGGAAUCACCACUUGAUUUAGCAAAGCAAAGAAAAAAUGUCUGGAUGAUAAACCAUUUGCAGGAGGCAAGGCAGGCAAAAGGAUAUGACAAUCCAUCAUUUCUCAGAAAACUGAGAGCUGAUAAGGAAUUUCGGCAGAAGGUGAUGCUAGGAACACCUUUCCUAGUUAUUUGGUUGGUUGGUUUUAUAGCUGACCUUGAUAUUGAUUCUUGGCUCAUUAAAGGACUAAUGUAUGGUGGUGUCUGGGCUAUGGUUCAGUUUCUUUCCAAAUCAUUCUUUGAUCACUCCAUGCAUAGUGCAUUGCCACUUGGAAUCUACCUAGCAACGAAAUUCUGGAUGUAUGUGACGUGGUUUUUCUGGUUUUGGAAUGAUCUAAAUUUUCUGUUCAUCCACCUUCCAUUUCUUGCCAAUAGUGUUGCACUUUUCUAUAAUUUUGGAAAGUCCUGGAAAUCGGACCCAGGAAUAAUUAAAGCCACAGAAGAACAAAAGAAAAAGACAAUAGUCGAACUUGCAGAGACAGGAAGUUUGGACCUCAGUAUAUUCUGCAGUACCUGUUUGGUAAUACGGAAACCAGUGAGGUCCAAACAUUGUGGUGUCUGCAAUCAAUGUAUAGCCAAGUUCGAUCACCACUGUCCAUGGGUCGGUAACUGCGUAGGAGCAGGCAAUCAUCGUUAUUUCAUGGGAUAUCUGUUCUUUUUACUCUUCAUGAUUUGUUGGAUGAUUUAUGGAUGUAUCUCUUACUGGGGAAUCCAUUGCCACACUAGUUAUGCUACAGAUGGUUUUUGGACAUAUAUUACACAAAUAGCCACCUGUUCUCCUUGGAUGUUCUGGAUGUUUCUGAACAGUGUUUUUCAUUUCAUGUGGGUGGCUGUGCUGCUAAUGUGUCAGAUGUAUCAGAUUUCUUGUUUAGGUAUUACUACAAAUGAAAGAAUGAAUGCAAGGCGAUAUAAGCACUUUAAAGUGACAACAACAUCCAUUGAAAGCCCAUUUAAUCAUGGAUGUAUAAGAAAUAUUAUAGACUUCUUUGAAUUCAGAUGCUGUGGUCUUUUUCGUCCUGUUAUUGUGGACUGGACAAGGCAGUAUACUAUAGAAUAUGACCAAACCUCUGGAACUGGUUACCAGCUAGUGUAACACCCACCUCCAGCCUGUGAGCAUAUCAUAUCUGAAUGGUGCCUGGAAAAUUGUUUCUCUCGAAUCCACGUCCCUCGGAACAGUAGCAUGCUAUGAAUAGAGCUAACAGUGAAUCUUAUGGUACCUUCUCUACAUCCGUUUUAUUAACAGAUGUUUAAAAAAAGGACAGAAGUAAACUGCCAAUCCUAAUAAUGAGGAGGAAGAUGGAAAAAGGGAUUUUAACUGUUCUCUAGGAAUUAUUCACAAAGACAUAGUCACACCAUUUUCUUUCUUUUCAACUGCUUUCACAAUGGAGCAUGAGAUUGUUAGAAAAAAACAUACUGAAGUCAUGCUGUACUGAACUUUCAGUAUUUAUUUUAUAAUUUGAACAAUUUCAUUGGAAUUAAAGUUAAAUUUUAUGCAGCAGUCAGACUUUGGGAUCACUGUAUUAUAUUUAUUGUAAUGGUUUUUUGUAUAGAUUUGGCAUAGUAUUAGGUGUACUGAAAGCACAUUUAAUACUCUGAAGAAUCAUGCUGUUUUAUAAGGGAUCCACCUUAUGUGUGAAAAGAAGGGCAUGGAAGGAUGUCAUAAAACUGUUAUCUGAAUGUAGUGGCUGUCUUCUCUUAGAGCUUUCUUGUUUCUGAUAGAGGGAAUUACUCAGCAUAAGCCUUGUGAAUAAUUGUACGUUCUGGGGGAGAAGUGUUGCACAUAAGGAGUUCAGCUCUUCUGUCUAAUAUAAAGCUCCACUUAAGUGCAUGAUGAUAUUUUUAAGAUUAGAUCACAAAAUUAAAUAUGGCAUAAUAUGCAACAAUUUACUCAGUAUAGCUAAAUGAAAACUGAUACUUGCAGUUAUUUUAACUGUGGUAUCUAAACAGUGGGGAUCCACUAAUAUUGUGUACUUAAAUAGUGGGGACCCACAGCCAAUGGCGUGCUUUACUACAGUCAUUGGAUAGCUGGAAAGCUUGAGAAAGUCACAGAGGUGGAACCAAGGAGUUAAAGAGCAAACUGAAUAAAAAAGGCAAUGACUGUAAUUGCAUUGGAUGCAACUGCUAGAGAAGCGAAGACUACUUAAAACAAAUGUGAUGGAAUUCAGGCAAAAGCAAGUUAUAAUUUCUCUGUUGCACAUGUAAGUGAAAACUAUAACAAGGCUUCUUGAAGAAUCUGAUAUAUUGGUAAGUGGGAAGACACCCUUAACUUCUCUUCAUCUCAAGUUAGCAAACCCAGAUAUAUGUGAAAGGUAAGGAGUGGUAUGAAGUCUCAUUCCAGAAGAGCUUUUUUUGUUGCUGUUGAAUGUGAUGCACUGAUUUUUCUGUUAAGGCAUUUUAAUAUAUUCCUUGUGAAUUCUUCACUGCUUCUUUAACUAUUGUUUACAGAGACUUGAAAUCUGUUUAGUUCUCUUUUUAAGUGCUGUAGCAACAUUGUGGUUCGAGAAUCCUGUGAGGGGCAUUGGGGGAGGGGAACCUUAAAUACAGAUGAUAGAGACCAGUGUAAAGAAUGUGUAUCUGUAUAUAAAUAAUUUAUCAAAUAGUUUCUCUCUUUGUGAGUGUGUGUGUGCGCGUGCGUGUGUAUUAGUAUAUUUAAACGCUGCUCAUUUCAUUUUAUCCAACCAAAAAUAGAAGAUAUAUACUGGGCUUUUAUUAAUGGUCAAUAUUGCUGUUAAUAGGCACUAUACCCUGCAACUUCACUGCAUGUUUGAUGCUUGACAAAACUAGCAUAUCCUGUAAUAUGCAGAUUACAGGUAUUAAAGCAAUCUAGUGGUAUUCCCACCCCUUGCCUUAGUAAGAGGAGCAGUGAAACUGUACAUAAUUGGUGUUCAGUAUUUGCAAGUAGACAUUUUCUCUCUCUCAAUGUUUCUUUGAACACCAGGUGUGCAUAGUUUACAAGUACCAGAUAUCAAGAUUUGCAGAAGUGCAACAUUAGUGUAUCUGAAAAUUGAAUACUGGAAAAACUCAACUCUAUGUCUGAGAGGAAGAAAGCAAAGAUAGGCACAUACAUGGCAAAAGGCCAAUGUAGUUGUGACAAAAACAACUUAGAAAUGUAAAAAAAUAUAUUGUUAGUACACAAUUACUUUUAAUUUUGAUUUCAAACCUGAAGAUGUUUGGGCAGAGUCAUCUCUUUCUUCCCUUAAACCAGUUCUAAACAGGCUGACCAAGAAAUAAAUGCCACUUAGACCAGACCACUUACUGUAUAUACUCUUGUAUAAGUCAAAAAAUUGACUCC